ACUCGCGUUUGCAGUUUUUCGAAAAAAAAGCGAUAUUUACAUGAUCUGGCCAAAAUGAAGAACUUUUCGCUAGCAGAUAUACCGGAGUUCUCUAAAAAAGAGCGCAUAGUGGUAAUUGGGAUAAUAGGCAAGUCCCCUUAUCGUUACCCAAAUAAAACAACACCGCUUUUUCCUUCAUCGGCCACUGAACAGAAUGGCAUAGAAUGCCACUGGGAUGAGCGCCACAAUACACUAUUCCUCCACGCCAUCACACACCUGGACACGAAGCAGCUGGCCACUCUCGCAGCCGGCCUCAAUGAGAACUCCAACGCAUCGGAGAAGGAUGCCGACGCUUCCCACUGGCUUGUGGCGGCUGGAGAGCUGGCAGCGGAGGCCUGCAAAGCUAUGGCGCUGAUGUUCCAUCUGUGCCACAUUGUGGUGCUGUCGUCACCUACUCCGGUGUUUGAUCUUGGAUAUCUGCAGUUGUUUAAAGCUAUUGAUGCUUAUAGGACCGAGCUGGCCCCUCGCACCUCAGCUGCCGUAUCUUCCCUCGGCGGCGCUUGGGAGGCGCACGGGCGCUCCUGCUGCCCGCGCCUCCUCUUCCACUUCCGCAGGGCUCCACGGGCCUUAGCAAGGAACCCUGCCGGCUUGAAGCGGCUUGAACAUGCGGUGGAAGACCAGUUGUAUUUCAUACUGAGGAAAGCGCGCAUCAUCACCAACGUCUGUGCCAAAUCCCUCUUCGCCAUCCCGAAGAACGAAGAGUUCGUCUACAUGAGCGCGGACGAAGCCCACUGCGCGCGCGACGUCAGCGCGCUCGUGCGCGGUCUCGUGCGGCGCUGCGCCGGCGUCGAACCUGUAGACAACCGGCCUGAGAGAGGGGGGCUUAGGCAGUUUAUACAGGGACAUGUGGACUUGGCGUUCGGAGAGGGAUUUGAUGAUAAUGUUGGGAAAUAUGCCAUGAGUACGUCAUUCUUUGAGCUGCCGGCAGCAUCGGCGUGGCGCUCCGCGGCGCAGGCGUUAGCGCCGCUGUACCUGGAGCCCCCGGCUGCCGAGGGCGGAGCCCUACACGACUCCCUCGCUACAGACGUUCGGUUCUCGCAUGCCCGAUGUGCUAAGGUGUUACCCAUCGCGCAAGCGUCAUACGCCGAGGGUCUGCCGGCGCACUACUCCAGCCAACAUCACGCACAUAAGGUGGGUGUGGCGUUAGGCGUGCUACACACUAUGGCCCGCGGUCCCGUAGCGGGGGCCGCGGAGGCGCGGCUGCGGGCCGCGUGCACGGCCGCCUGGCGCUCGCGGUCGCUGUGCGAGGCGCCCUCGCUCACCGCGCACCCCUGCAUACACCCCGAGCAUGACAACACAAAAGAGCACUCAUCAGGCGUCCGCUAUAUCAGCGCGUGCAACUGCGGCCGCAGCAAGUGCUCGCGCGACGACCCCUACACAGUGAAGGCGGCCAACUGCACGUUCUACACCACCGCUGCUGCUGAGUGCGGAGUCUGUAGCACUCUGACGUCUGUGGCGUUCCCCGUGUUCACCCCCUCCACGCCCACCUACAGGUACAGUUGCAGCAAGUUACACAGUGUAGCCAACUGCACGUUCUGCACCACCGCCGCUGCCGAGUGCGGAGUCUGUAGCACUCUGACGUCUGUGGCGUUCCCCGUGUUCACCCCCUCCACGCCCACCUACAGGGCUGCGACAGUGAAAGCGGGUUCCCAAGAGGCGGAGCCCGAGCCCCGGGCUUCGGACGGCAACUCGGGGUGCUCCGGCUGGUCGGCGGGCGACGCGCUCUCGCCCGGCUCCGGGGAAGAAGAGCCCGGCCCGCAGUACCUGCUGCCCGCGCGGGACAACGAAAAAGUGAUAACCCGCCAGCCGUCAACCACGGAGUACCUCCCCGGGAUGUUGCACACGGCCUCCCCCCCAGGCCUGCUGCCGGCCUUCUCCUCCUGGUCCCUGGCCUGCCUCGGCGCCUCCUCGCUGUACUCGCACAGCCUGGGCCUGCCCGAGCACCUGCAGCCGGGGCUGCUCCCGCACACCAACUACCUGCUGCCGUGGGACGCCAGAGUGCGUAUGGAGCAAGUAAGCGCCUGGCGAGCUGCGCAAGCGUCUGCGCGCGGGCGCGGGAAAAGCACCGCGCCGCAUCACCUCACCGUCAAGAUAUUCCUGGGUUUUGAAUACGAGUGCCCCCGCGGGCACAGGUUCAUGAUGUCCUCGCCCGACACCGUAGUAAACGGUGGUGGCGGCGCGUGCGGCCGCGACGCUGGCGCCGCGGGCGCGCGGCUAGCCGCCUCCGAUAUGCCGCUCUACACGCCGUGUCUAUGCCGAGGAACUAACGCUAUGCUGGCACAACUUAUGAGAGUACACGUGGUUACACCGAAGGCACCGGUUCAUGUGACUUUAGACCCUAAGGUCCAACCAGUAACAGGCGGACCAAUCUUCGUCCCCGAACCUUCCGGUUCGGAGCCCAUAGAGCUCUCGGGCUCCGCCUACUGGGUGCUCCGCCUCCCCUACAUAUACGCCGACGAGCGCGGGCCUCUGCCUCGGCCUCGGCAGGCCUCGGGGCUGCUGCUGGCGCCGCUGCUCGGCCUGAGGGAGUAGACAAGGUGACAACAUGCUGGGUGCU